AUGAAGACCCAGCGUUCUCUUCAUGUGGCAUCUCCGCUGAGGGAGAGUCUUCCUCUGUCCAAAGUGGCAGGUACCCCAGUUUACCUGAAACUGGACUCCUCUCAGCCCACAGGCUCCUUCAAGAUCCGUGGGAUUGGACACCUCUGCAAAACGUGGGCUGACAGAGGCUGCCCACGAUUCGUCUGCUGUUCAGGGGGCAAUGCCGGCAUGGCCGCCGCCUACUCUGCCCGGAAACUCGGAGUGCCUGCCACCAUUGUGGUGCCCAGCGUCACGCCCAAUGCAACCGUGCAGAGACUGAAGGAUGAAGGGGCAGAUGUGAUUGUUCAUGGCAAGGCUCUAAAUGAGAGUAUUGAAUAUGGGCAGCAGCUGGUGGCUAAUAAUCCAGACUGGAUUUUCAUCUCUCCAUUUGACGAUCCUCUCAUAUGGGAAGGCCACACGUCCCUGGUGAAGGAACUGGAGAACCAGAUGGAUGAGAAGCCCGGGGCAGUUGUGCUGUCUGUUGGGGGGGGUGGCCUGCUCAAUGGGGUCGUGGAGGGGCUACGGCGUGCCGGGUGGGAUGAUGUCCCCAUCGUUGCCAUGGAAACAGUGGGGGCUCACAGCCUCAAUGCUGCCAUUAAAGCCGGAGAACUUGUCACGCUCCCUGGCAUUACGAGUGUUGCCACAACGCUGGGUUUGACACGCGUGUCUGCUCAGACAAUGAAACUGGUCAUGGAGCACACGGUUUACUCCGAACUGGUUACAGAUCAGGAGGCUGUGCUGGCGGCCGAGAGAUUCGUAGACGACGAGAAGAUCCUGGUGGAGCCGGCGUGCGGUGCAGCCUUGGCGGCAGUGUACAGCGAUGUCAUCAGACGACUGCAGAAGGAGGGGAAACUGGGAGUGGACUUGGGGCCCGUGGUGGUCGUGGUUUGUGGAGGAAACAACAUCAGCAUGGAGCAGCUGAAGAGGCUGAAGAAACAGCUCGGCAUGAACUGUUAG